UCAGGGACACGGAAGGCCCGGGCUGAGGCCUUCGCUGUGCAGCCUGGAGCCGGAUUGGGAGGGUGGCUGUGAGUGAGCGGCGGGCCAUGUUCUACAGGUUUGAUGGGUUCACGCAGAGGCUGAGCGGCGCUGCCGGUCCGGCCGCCUACUGCCCACAGGGUCUGAAGCCUCUGGUUUCCACAGAAUCUUCUACUCUGGUGUUUGCCAUGCCAACAAAUGUCGUAUCAGAAUCAGGGGAAGGAGUCCAAUUUCUGGGACAAAAUAAAGUGCCUGAUUUCCAGAAACUUUUUCAGAAGUCUGAUGGUGUGCCUGUACAUCUGAAGAGAGGAGUUCCCGAUCGACUAUUAUACAGGACUACAAUGGCAUUGACAAUUGGAGGGGCCGUUUACUGUUUGGUAGCACUGUUUCUGGCAGCUCAACCCAAAAAGCAGCAUUGAACUGACUCUGUUAAUGUGACUGGUGCUUCUGAAAUCCUCAAGAUAUGGACCGGCAUACAACGCUUUGCACUUCCAUUUGCUGUUUUCAAGGUUUUCUUUCCUGCUGCACCACUUUCUCUGAUACUUACUCAGCAGUGAUUUCCCUGCAGCUCAUUUCAGUCAAUUUUGUUCUUUGAUUAUUAUCGAGGAUUCCAAAUCUCAGAAUCCUACUUGAUCAUGAUAAAAACAAAUGUAAUGAUCAGGUUAAUUAGAAUUUUUUUCCAUUGAAUCAUGGAAAGUGUUCAGGAAGAUAAUGUUUGAAUUUAAGUAGAUGAAUAAAAUGUGAUGGCACUUUACAUGGAAUGUGAUGGUAGUUGUGGUGGAAUAUGAAUAAGUGUCUUUUCACUUAAAAGACAAAAGGACUUUUGUAUCUAUCAUGUCCAAGAGGAAUGCUCAUGUUCACUAUCAUAAUUAUGAGAUCUUAUGUACAUCUUCAUGCUGUCUCAAACAUGUGCACAGGCAGUUGUAGAAUUUGUGUUUAAAUACAAAGUAAUAUUCAUCUGGAAACGUGUGAUAGUUCAAUAAAUUCAAAUGACCACUGAUAACAAUCUCAUACUUGUCUAAAA